AUGGAGACACUGAAAACAGGAGGGAUAGAGAGUGGAAACUACUCGGUGUUGUCAGUUGACAGCAAGUAUAAUCAACUACUUGUAGGAGCAAGAAUUCACCCUGUUAUAGGGAUGGAUCCCAGAAGUUUGACAGAAUGGGAAGGAGGAAGCCGAGGGAGGGGUUUAAAUGGUUCUUGUCAUAACUAUGUGAAGUUAAUGCUGCCAUUUGAGGAGAGGAUAUUUAUCUGUCUGACAGUGGGCUGCACCUGGAGAAAUAGGACAAAUUUGGAUGCAGCUCCAGGCAGAGAUAGAAAUCAGAAUGUGUUUAUAAAUGAUGAAAAUUAUUAUAGCAGACCAAGUCAAAAUGACACAGGUGUCAUAACAGAAGAUGGAAGAGUCUUCAGAGGAACAAUAAAUAAGGCAACAAGAUUAUCCAUGAUUUAUUGUAAGAGUUUUAAGCCCAGAAUUGGAGAACUGGCCACUGAUUUUAUGUCUGAAAGAGAACUUUACUCUGAUGUACAUUUUGUCAAGAGUUUCAUCAUUGGGAAUUACGUGUAUGUCUUUUUUCGUGAGGGAACAUUGGAAUGCACAAGCUGUGGAAAGUAUAAAGUCUCCAGGGUAGCACGUAUAUGUAAGGGUGACUAUGGUGGUCAGUUUAAACUCAGAAAGUUAUUUAUAACGUACCAGAAGGCCAAACUUAUUUGUUCUGAUGGAGGAGAAUAUCCAGUUUAUUUCAACGAAAUUCAGGAUGUUUGGUGGGAUUCAGAAACCAACCUGUUUCAUACAAUUUUCACCUCUCAUCCCAAUGGCCCGUCAUCAUCAGCGAUAUGUGUGUACAAUUUGACGGAUGUCAACAAUGUUUUUCACACGAGUCCUCUCAAGAGUAGAGAGGCAGGAAGUGGAAAGUGGGUGACCUUGGAGAACAAAUUUAGAAAGUAUUUUGAGGGGUGCAAAAUAAACAAGACGUACUUGAUUCCUAAACCCCGUCCAGUCCCAGACGGUUUGAUGGGAACGAAGAACAUGCUUUUUAAAGUGUAUCAAGACCUCUUGCACGAUCCUCUUAUGCGUGAUCCAGUGCUACCCACCAGCCUCGACUCGGUUCAAAACCAAGGGAACAAAGCCUGGUUUGUCAAAGAUGGGAUCAGGAUGACAGCCAUUGUUCUGGACAAAGUUGGUGAACACACUGUUGUAUACACAUCAACAGACCGAGGAUCUGUGCUUAAAAUUUCACAAGUUGCUGGCCUUCUUCAACCCUGCCUUCUCACCGAAAUCGACCUUUUUCCGAUCAACAGACAAGAAGUCAUAAAAGCUAUGACGAUUGAUCCAAAACAGCAUGUCCUGUACCUCGGCUCAGACACAGCUCUUAAAAAGUUGAGGUUGAAGCAGUGUGGCAAUCACACGGACCGUAGGUCCUGUUCAUCUGCUAUUGAUCCUCAUUGUACAUGGAUGAAGAAAACAAGGCGUUGUGUUUCAGUUCUAUCUUUAAGAGAGGAAUUGGGAAAAGGCUGGAGUACUUGUCCAAAGAAAAUAGAACUAAUCGCAAGGUCCCCUUGGAAAACUUGUGAAGGCAGUGAUGGAAAUCUUUGUCGAUGUCAAGCUCGUCCCUGCCAGGACAGGCUAAACUCGUCCUGUCAGGGUGGAUACGAAUUACGAUUUGAAAACUGCACAGUGGACAUAAAUGUCGGAUGGGAAGGGAGAGAGGAAUGGGAGAAGUCUGGUGUGCAACACGGCAACUGGGGUGCAUGGGAUACUUGGACGGAUUGUGAAACAAAGCCAUGGGUUGGGGUAAGAAAGCGGACAAGAAACUGUACUAAUCCGGUCCCCAGGAGAGGAGGGAGACCGUGUGUAGGAGAGGCUGUGCAAUAUGAGUCCUGUAACUUGGGAAAACACGGUAAGAAGUACUGUUGUGAUAUUUUUCCUGUGUUAGAGGGAGAAUGGAAAGCUUGGCGCGAUUGGGGUCAGUGUUCUGGGGAAGGAUUUCAAAUAAGAAGAAGAGACUGUAAAGUGGAGCCUUGUGUUGGAGAAAAGUUACAAGAAAGAAGCUGUGAGCCAACUUCACACAGCAACUGUAAAGGUGAACUCGACACUAAUAGCUGGGACGUGUGGUCUGUGUGCGAGUGUAAUCAUGAUCUAAAACUGCCUGACGGGAGUGGUGUCAGGUCUCGGCAACUUAAGUGCCGAAGGGACUGUCCCAACUCAGUGGAAUGUCCUAAUACCGUCCAGUAUGGAACUUGCAAUUGUAGUACUGCCGUCUCCGGAACUGACACGGUAGCGGUUGCCAUCGGGCUGAUAAUUGGCGUUGUGCUGAUCAUCGGCGUUGUGCUGAUCAUCUUGGUAGUUCCGGGUUAUUGUUACCUCAAACGAAAACAGCAGGAACAACCGACAUCAUACGAUGUUCCAAAAACUCCUUAA